CCAGGAUGGUGUUAGUACAUGUCGGAUAUCUGGUUCUCCCCGUCUUCGGCUCGGUUAGAAAUAGAGUAUCGAGGCUGGCUCUACAUUCCGCAUUUCUCAGACCUUUGUCCCCCUCCAUUGUGUAGCUAACGAUCAUCUGCUGCUGUCUGCCGUAGCCUCUGCCUGUUCUCUGCAUCUAGCUGUAUUGUGAACCCCUUCUUCCUCAUUUCCUCUUUCCAUCCGAAGAAGACAUUGGCAUUAAAAUCGAGUUCCCACUCAUACCGUAUCCUUCUGUGUAACAGACUAAAGAAUAACACCUUCUGUAGCCAACAGUUUGUCUUAAUUUAAACUGUCAUGUUGCUCUUUAGUGAAUAACCCAUUGUAGCAUUAGAUUUGACUACAGAUUGUCAUUGUGUUUCUCCCAUUCAGUGUGGAUAGAAUACAUUCUGCUGUAAAUUUCUGUAAAGUGGAUACGUUUUCAUUCUCCUUUCUAAAUUUAUUAGAGUGAGGCUCGAUCAAAGUCAUUGGAUGUUGUGUCCAUCCCCUAUUUGCUAAGGUGCAUUGUACCAGCUUUUGUCAUCAAUGACACCUGUCUAUGAUCACCUUCUCUCAAUCAGUUAUAACCAAUUAUCAUUUUGUGCUAACAUUCAGCAGUUGGCCUACACUUACAGUACUAAAAUCACAAUAAUUUGGUUCACUGCACCUGCUAUAGUGGCAUCCAAACGGCUGGUCACAGUCCCAUCCAUGUGUGAAAGCCUUUGAUCCUGCGAGCUAAAUUGACUUUGUCAGUUAUAAUAAAUUGGCAAGACUCUGGCCUAACUUGUCUUGCCAUUUUGAAAAUCUGAGCCCCUUCUUAAAGUCUUUUCUUUUGACACUUCCAGAAUGCUAUCCAUUUUACAGGGAUGUGUAUAUCCUGCACUGCUGUAGAUCUCCUUUUUAGAAUCAAAAUGUCUUUUUAUUCUUUGGUUGUGGUUUUUUCUACCUUAUGUUCUUGUAUUAGAUCCUAAUGCAUGGUCAUUUUAUACUUUUGUUUUUCCACAUUGAACAGCAGAUUCCAAUGUAAUCUUUGUUUAGAGAUGUCCCUGCUGUACUGAAUUGUGCCGUAAGCAUACACAUCUACUCAUUGGAUGCUGCUUCUGUUCUGUUAACCCUACAGAGAGCAUGGUCGGGCCUUGCCUUUGGUCUUUAUUUGCAUGGUAUAAUUAUAGUUAUACAGUACCUGUUACUCUUAUUAUUACUAUUAUCACACAGUGCCACACAUACUAAUAUUUUCCAAUAAAGACUGUAGUUUUCUUCCUAACCUUCAGUGUGCUUUUUGCUGAUUUCCAUGUGUUCCUCCCUUCCUCCCUCCACACUGCUGUCACUGAGACAGUCCCCUCACUCUAUAUGUGCUCUCAUUUCUUUGCUGUCAUUGACAGAGUUUCUUCACAUUGUUGCUCUGCAUAGUUUAUAGAGUUGGGACAACCAAAUGUUCUAGAAUGUUUAUACCGAAACACAUCAGCAUUGAUGUUUAAUGUAACAUUCUGUCAUUCCCUCCUUUUCCAUACACGGUUCUUUAUAAAAUGCAACUCAGUGUCACUCAUUGGUGUUUAUUGGUGUCGACUUAACAUUGGAACUAUUUUGGACAAAACUCACAAAAAGGACAUUGAAAUGAAUGGAGCACACUUCAGCAGGCAUCACAAUAGCCAUGCUACCUCCUGCCGACACUUUCACCUGGGUGCUCCCCAGGCACCACUCUCAGCUGAGUUCCCUCUAGGACACAGCAGCCAGUCUCCUCAGACAGGCCUGUCCACCCACCUGCCCCCGGCACACCACCCACCUCUCACUGCCCUGCCUGCACCCCCCCAGUUCCAGGAUGUGCCGGGGCCUCCAUUCCUACCUCAGGCCUUACACCAGCAAUACCUCAUCCAGCAGCAGCUUAUCGAAGCGCAGCACCGCCGGAUCCUCCCACACUCCAGAAGAACCCAGGAGCGUAUUCCCCUCAACCCCCACAGACUGCGUUCCGGCUACGAGUACUCGCCGCCGCUCCACGUUCCACAGCCCAUGACGCAGCAGCAGCCGCGGUACCUGGCCGAGGGCACUGACUGGGAUCUCAGCGUUGACGCCGGCCUCCCUCACCACCAGUACCAGCUCCAGCAGCUUCCACAUCACUAUCAGCAUUACUUAGCCUCCCCUCGGAUGCACCACUUCCCCAGGAACACAUCCUCCACACAAGUGGUUGUGCAUGAAAUCAGAAACUACCCGUACCCCCAGCUGCACCUGUUGGCCCUGCAGAGUCUGAAUCCUUCAAGGCACGCCACUGCUGUGCGAGAGAGUUAUGAGGAGCUGUUGCAGCUGGAGGACCGGCUGGGGAGCGUCAGCAGAGGAGCCGUUCAGACCACCAUAGAGAGAUUCACCUUUCCACACAAGUACAAGAAGAGAAAGCCACUGCAGCUAAAGAUUGGCGAGGAGGAGGAAACGGAUGUGGAUGAGAAAUGUACCAUCUGUCUGUCUAUGCUGGAGGACGGAGAGGACGUCAGGAGACUACCCUGCAUGCACCUCUUCCACCAGGGCUGUGUGGACCAAUGGCUGGCCACCAGCAGGAAGUGUCCCAUCUGUCGCGUUGACAUCGAGACACAGCUGAACCCUGACAGCUGAUGAGAUUCAAGCCCCCCCCCCUCACAUCGUCCUCCUCCCCUGCUUGUCAAUCACCCAUAUGUGGUUUCUGCUCUCUUCCACCCACCGCCACCCCCUCCGCCUGGCCCCGCCUCCCCUGCGCUCCUGUUGUUGGGUGCUUUGCCAAAAUGUCUCCAGACUUCACGUGACAUCACCAACCUUCUGACUCACGCUUUAUUGAGCCAAGCCCGGACAACUUACUGCACGAGGGGCGACCGCAAUGGACGUCUCUUUAAAUAGAAGCACAUCUCUCUGGAAGCAGAAGACAUACACACGCACACACACACACACACACACACACACUCCCAGUCAUGUACACAGGGUUUACUUGUAGCUUGCUGGUCGUACGUGGGGUGUCGUUGCUGUUCUAGUGUUGUACUGUAGGUAAUAGCCUUGGGCUGUGUAGCAUGUCCUUAAAGCCAUGACUUGAUGUACUGAGAGUGGAAAACACGCAACCCCACACUGAGCUGGCUACUUAACACACACACACACACACACACACAUACACAUACAUACAGUAUAGUGUAUAUAUGCUGUGUUUUCUCUUUUCAAACACAACCAAUAUUAAUAUUCUGCCACAUAAGAAAGUUUAACAGACACUAAAUGCUCUGAUGCCAUGUUUACCUAAAGAUCAUUUGUGUAGUAGAGUAGCAGUAACCAGCAAGUGAUAACCUGGUCGCAGCCCCGCCUUCCUGGGGGUCAAGCACCAGCGAGCUGAGUGUUUUUAAUCCGAUCAUGCAGCUUUGACAUUUUGCAAUACACUUGUACAUUUACCUUUGGGGCCGGUGUCGCAUGUGUGUGUGUGUGUGUGUGUGUGUGUGUGUGUGUGUGUCGUCUCAUUCACUGCACACACACACACACACACACACACACCCUGAGCCCAGUGACUGAGCCGUGGUGUGCUUAACGUUUAAAAGUAGUUAGAAGGUGUUGUACCAAAAUGGAUUUUUCUUCAUAGUGUAGCUUCAAACGUGACGCGGCGCGCACGUCCACGUCUGUGCGCUGCCCUGCUGUGUGUGUGUGUGUGUGUGUGGGUGACUCCAGAGCACGUGGCUCCCAGAGUCAAACUGGGCAAACAUGAGUGUGUUUGAAACGGUUUCAGGUAAACUCACGAGCAUGGCCACUGGAGUGCUUAUACAACACAAAGCCAAAUAAAAAAAAGGAGGAUGGAUGAAAAAAAAAAGAAAAAGGUGGGAGGAGGAUUUAGCCGCUCUCGUACCUGCGCCUUCACCUGGCGCAGGGCCAGUGGCAGAGCGUUGCUGAAGCUGAAAUGCAUGUUUCCUCCAUCGACUCCGGCUGUUAGCUUUGCUGGGAUUAUUUCGUAUUAAAAAAGGGGGCAAAGACGGCUGUGCAUGAUUUAGUUAAUCUGAGCUGUGACUAUCUUCUCAACACUAACAAACAAAUGAGUCCGGUGUCAGUAGUGGAUCCCCCCUGACUUGUAGCGUGUGUUCGUCCCCUUUGGUGGCAAACAAUGGGGUCCACUUCUUUUUUUCUUUUUUCUUUUUUUUGACCUUUUUUGCCUAAAGAACAAGCACAUGUGACAAUAGUUACAGCAACAAAAGUCUUUUGAUUUUCUUUUGUUGGUAUUGCAUUUGCGUUGGUUUAUAUUUAGAAAUAGAUUCAUGCAGUGUUUCGGGCAGAGAGAGAGAGAAGAGCUUGUGUUUUGAUCUCGUGUAUUUAUGUGACAGACCUCCCCUCGUGGUUGCUAUGCUGGUUGCUAUGCUGUAUUGCUAGAACAUGUAGACUGUGGCGUUAACGGAGGCAGCCUCUCUCACACACACGGUGCACACAGACACGAGCAGGGAAACCGUCAGGCUGUUAAAUCCAACCUUUAUUCUCAGCUGUUUGCUUUUCUGUCUAUUUUCAUCCUCUGGGUCUCUGACGGCCGCACUGUGGGAAUUAAGACGACCCUGAGUCUCUCUGAGCCUCGGGGGGCGGGGGGCCCCCAGUGAUGAUUUAUCAGAAAAGUUGGACGUGCCCCUGUCGUGUGUGUGCACUGCCAGUGUUGACACUGCCUCCUCCUGUAGUGGAGUCAUCUGUGAUGAAGUUUUCAUAGUUUACACAGGGUGUUGUCAAUUGAGAUGCCUUAAGUAUUUAACAAUCAUAAUUUAUUACUAACUGUAGAUAUUGUGGGUAUGUAUUUAAUUUUGUAUAGUUUUUUUUUUCGUGGGUGGGUGUGGGUUGGGGUGAAUGAAUCAUAAUUUAUUUAUUUAGAAAUAACACAAAAAUGCUAUGAAAAAACUAUUACCUCAUUUUUGCAUCAUUUUGAAUGGGAAUGCUUUGCAUGCAGUCGUACUUUUUAGGACAAUGAAAGUUUAAAAAAAAAAAGAAGAAGAAAAAAAAAAAGCUCUGCUGUUUGACCUCCA